CUCAAGCCGGCUAGUUCUGAAUUGUGGUCUAGUUCCUUCAUUUUUCCAAGUUGUAGUCUUUUCAUUUUUGACUCCAGCCUCUAUUCUGAUUCUGAGAAAAGAUACAGAUGUCUUCAUCAUCUCUUUUACAGUAAUACGUGAUAUGACUGACCCAGAUGUUCUCACGGAAGUCCCAACUGCUCUGAAGCGUCUUGCCAAGUAUGUGGUACGUGGCUUCUAUGGUACUGAACAUGCUUUAGCUCUGGACAUACUAAUUCGAAACCCAUGUGUAAAAGAGGAGGACAUGUUGGAGUUACUCAAGUUUGAUCGGAAGCAGUUGCGGGCUAUUCUCAACACUCUCAAAGGUGAUAAGUUCAUCAAAUGCAGGAUGCGAGUGGAAACAGCCCCAGAUGGCAAGACCACCCGGCAUAACUUUUAUUUCAUCAAUUACCGCUUACUGGUCAAUGUCGUAAAGUAUAAGCUAGACCACAUGAGGAGGAGAAUUGAGACUGAUGAGAGAGAUUCUACCAACCGAGCCUCCUUCAGAUGUCCUAUUUGCUUCAGCACUUUCACAGAUUUAGAAGCAAAUCAGUUGUUUGAUAUUAAAAAAGGAAUUUUCCGUUGCACCUUUUGUGAGACUGAAGUGGAAGAAGAUGAGUCAGCAAUGCCCAAAAAGGAUGCGCGGACACUUGUGGCACGAUUUAAUGAACAGAUAGAGCCCAUCUAUGAGUUGCUGCGCAAGACAGAGGAUGUUAACCUGGCCUAUGAACUGCUUGAACCUGAGCCCAUGGAAAUCCUUGCUUUGAAGCAGAGCAAGGAGCGGACUACUGGGGCAAUGGGAAGCAGCCUACCAAGUGGACAGCACAGGGAAGCCUGGUCAGCAAAGGGACCUUCUUAUGAAGAUUUGUACACCCAGAAUGUAAUAAUCAGUAUGGAGGACCAGGAGGAUGUGCAUCAGCCAACCAGUGAAGGGAAGCCACCCAGAGAGAGGCCAGUCUGGCUGCGGGAGAGCACAGUGCAAGGUGCUUAUGAUCCUGAUGAGAUUAAAGAAGGUGGUCAAGACAUGGAUAUGUUACAGGAAGGGGAAGAGGGUCAGGCUGCCCUAGACAGUAAUGAGGAAGUGAUGCGUGCUCUGCUCAUCCAUGAGAAAAAGGUCUCUUCUGCCUCAGUGGGGGCCAAGGGAGGAAUGGCUCCAUUGUCUAACCCCAAUGCCAGUGAUUCUGAAAGUGAAACAAGUGAAUCAGAUGAAGACUCCCCUCCCCAUGCAUCUGCUGCUACAGCAACGCUCAGCAGGCUAACAGAAGACGAUGACGAGGACGAUGAGUUUGAGGUGGUGACAGAGGACCCCACUGUCAUGGUGGCAGGACGUCCAUUUUCUUACAGUCAAGUAAACCAGCGGCCUGAGUUGGUGGCUCAAAUGACUCUAGAGGAGAAGGAACAGUAUAUAGCAAUGGGGCAACGUAUGUUUGAGGACAUGUUUGAUUAGCUUCCCUCUGCCUGGGCAGAAGAAGGUCUUCACCUGGAAAUUUUGCAACACAGCAAAAGUCUGAAUUGCAGGUUCUCCCCUUUUCAUUUAAGUCAGACAAUCUGUAGAGUCAAACAAACAUAAAGCAGUGAUUUCUUUAUUUCAGAGAAUCCAGGCAAACUAUCAAAGAUUAGUAAAGAGGGAGCCAGCUUUUCCUAAACCUGUAUCUGAUAUGCAGAUUUCCACAUCCUCUCCAUUAUAUUAUAAUUAGUUUUUGUUUGAUCUAGGAAAUCUGUUUUGUUCUUCUGGUAGCUUAUUUUUUUUGUUUUAGAAGUGAGUUGUUAAGGUGUGUUAGCUUUUGAGAGCAGCUGAUAGCGGCAUCUUUGAGAUUAUAUCAAGAGAUUGCUGCUUUGGAAUUGCAUAUGACCCAGUUGUAAGUACUUAGCUGUUUUGCAAAUAAGAUAUGUAUAAUACUCACCUCUUGAUACAACACUUACAUAUGAUCUCCCCCAUCCCCAGCCUUGUUCCCUUGUCUAGGCAAUCUGUAUCCAUAGCCACAGGAGAACGUUUGUGAUAUCAUGUUAACCAGUGGGCAUUUGACAGUCAUAAUAUUUUAAAAUAAUUGCUUUGAGAGGAAAAUACACAAGGAACAAAGCCGUUUCUUUGUUGGACCCCUGUUAAAAAAGUCUUGGUAAUCUUGUCCUAUUUUAAGACUGCUUUUGUAGCCCUAAAAUGCCAUUUCUUUGCUAAUAUGAACCAAUUCCUAGAUUUUUUCGUGUAAUCCCUUGUAAUACUAUAAUUUUCAAAUGAGGGAAUUUGACUUUGUAAUGUGACUUGGGUUCUCUUUUCCAGAGACUGUCAUAUAUGUCCUGUUGGUUAAUAAGCAGCAUUUGAGUAUUGACACUAAAUUAGUUCCAAUAAAGACAGGAUCAAAUUUAUCAGGCCCCUUCUACACAACUGUAUAAAAUCCAGAUUAUCUGUUUUGAACUGGAUUAUCUGUCAGUGUAGACUCAGAUAAUCCAAUUCAAAGCAGAUAAUGUGGAUUAUCUGCCUUGAUAGUCUGGAUUAUAUGGCAGUGUAGAAGGACUAAAAAGAAAAUGGAUUCCCAAAAUCUUUUGUCUUUAUGUAGAAGGACCCCAGACACAUUUUUUUCCAAGCUGUAUUAUCCAUGCUCAGUGCAUAAACCACUGUGUCUUCUUGACACAUUUACUAUGAAAGAACUGGAAAUGCAGCAUGGCAGUCAUGUUAUUCAUAGACUCAGUCCUAUAAAGUGCAUUUCCCAUGAUUUAAGACUCUCAUCCAAGUCAGUGAAGAGUUUGGGGAUAUUUUUAAAAAGCAGAUUAUGCAGAAUUUGGGUGGAUGCCAGUAUUUUGCAUGGCACGGCCUAUUUUGAUAUUCCCAGCAGUGCCUUUACAAGAGAAUUCACGGUGUUUCUUUUUAUGUUUUUUAAAUAACCUUUUAAAAGAUCAUUGUGUUUUUUGGUAUUUAGCUUUACAGUAGAGCAAAAUGUAAAAAGAUUGGAUAUUUCAAAGAUACAGCAUUUGUUGCACAUUCCAGUUUACUUUACUGGAAUGGUACAAGUUAUCAAGAUUCUAAAUUGUAAACUUAUUGUAUAUUAACCAUGUACGUUUUGCCAUGUCUGUGUAAUGUUCUCUGAUGAAUUUGUUUUCAGACAUUCUAUCAGAUUAAGUCUAGAUUUAUCUCUUCCAUUUUAAAAUAAAAAGGAAUUGAUAACCUAA